GUUUACUUUAAGGAGAUAUAUAAAAUGUCAAUGCCUCCCAUGGAUCUCUCCCUUGUCAAUUCCUCGUCAGCACAGCCAAUACCCUUUAUAAUAAGUCUAUUUAUAAUAUAGAAAAUGUCGGGCAAAAAACUUCCUGAGCUUGCGGGCUUCAAAACCAUCAACGCCAAACUUCUCGUCAGCGAGGAGACUUCAGAGAAGCCACCCGCGGAUCAUCCAGCUGCUGUUGUCAUCUACGGCUGGGGCGAUGGACUUGCUAGACAUGUUGGGAAAUACGCCGAGGGCUAUCGCGCUCUUUUCCCUCAUUCCAAGAUUCUUAUCAUCUUGAGUCCUAUUUCAGACGCUAUGUUUACGGGUCUUGAGACACGAACACGCGCUAUGCAACAUGUUAUCGACAACCUUGAUGGACUUCUCGAAGAAAAGACGGCGCCUAUUCUUAUUCACAGCAUGUCCAACACCGGUGCUAUCAGCUACGCUACUACGCUCAAGGCUUUCAGGGACAAGAAUGGUAGACAGAUGCCUCAUCAACUUCUCGUCCUUGACUCAACGCCCGGAAACCCCUUUUGGUCGUGGGAGAGACUAGGUCAAUGGUCGCACGCCAUGGCCCUCGGCACCGCCAAGUUCUUCCCCUGGCCUUUUGUCAUCACCAAGGGCAUUUGGGGCUUUGUCCUUACCUUGGACGUUGUUAUCAAGAAGCUCACUGGCGGAGAGCCUUCUGGUGCUUUCGCCCUGCGAGUUGUGGAUGAUACAAACUACGAGACACUAGACUCCAAGCGAUUGUAUCUCUACAGCAAGGAGGAUCAGAUUAUUUCUCAUAUGGAUAUCGAGGGCUACAUUGCUGAGUCUCAGCAGAGAGGCUAUGAGACUCGACAGGAGCUGUUUGUGGAUACUGACCAUGUUGGACACAUGCGUGAGCAUCCUGAGCAGUACUGGAAGGCUAUCUCGGAAGCCUGGAAGUGGAGUAAUGACGAGUAAAAGGGUUAUUGGGUUUGAUUUUGUAUGAUAUGAUUUGUUGUCAUGACUAGCGUUGUUAUACCACCAGAAUAGAUCUUGAUAAUUUCAGUUUGAAUAUUGAACUUUUUUAUAAGAAGAAUG